AAAUGCUUAGCCGUGAUACGUGAAACGCGUACGUGCGUGUCCGUGAAUACUAUUCCCACGUGUAUAUUGAUACGCGCUUUAUUUAAUCAGUAGUUAAGUGUUUUAAACCUUGGUUAAAAGUUCACGAUAAAAACUUAUCAGAGUAGAUCGAGGAAGCGUCCGAGUCGGAACAAUUUGUGAUCUUACGAAAUCUACCGAAUGGUGAUGUGCAAACUGUGAAAUGAAAUUAACGAUGAUUAAAAUGUAUCUGAUUAUAAUUAACUGAAUAAGGAUUUGAGUGAACUAAUAAUAAUUAAUUAAUGUUAGUCAAUGAACUUGAUAAUAUAUUAAUUAUUCAAAUGAAUUAAGUAACCAUUGGCAUAUCCAACGUAAAAGUGGAACAAAAUAUUAAAUCAUCAAUAGAUACUAAUUUAUGUGUAAAUGCGGCAAUAUAGUUUAAAACAGCAGUAAAUGGUGAUUAUAGUGACUAAAAAAAGUGCCUCAAAGACACAAGUUGAUUAGAACGCAAGAUGUGAAUGAAAACUCAGUGUCACUCAGCAAUUCGUCUUCCAAAAUGGCUGCUUGGAUAUGGAUAGCAGCAUUACUCUACAGCAGUCAUGCUGCAGUUCUCCCACCACCCUGGGCUGAUGUCAGGAGAAACCCCUGCGCGUCCCGUCCGCGAGGAUGGCUGAUGCUGUACUGGCCUUCGGAUGGAAAAUGUUAUACAAUAUACAAGAAAGGCCAUCCAUGUUCAGAAACCCAGGAGCUAAGUCCAGGGCGUUUAGGCGGACGAACGGUCGCGGAGUGCAAGUGCCCCCCUGGUACAGCCCAGCUUCCUCACACGAAGACGUGCCAUAAGCUGUUCGAGCGAGGGCCUUGCAGAAGUGGCGAGUACUUCGCCCCUGUCGAAGAGUCCUUCAACAUGCGAGGUGAACGGCAGGGCAUGUGCGUGCGGCCGCAGCAGUGCGCCGACGAGACCUUGCUCUAUUGGCCUCCUGACGGCCGCUGCUACUACAGGCUCACUCAGGGCCCUUGCUAUACUGGCUCCAUAUUGGACUUGGGCGAUGACGGACUGGCUAACUGCACGUGCACGUCCGCUAGUCCUCACUAUUGGGAGUUGGACGGUGGAUGCUACGCGCACUACUCACGCGGGCCAUGUGAGCGCGGGCAGCUGUUCCUGCCAGGCGCACGCUGCGGCUGCGACCCUCAACUGCCGCACUACCACAACGCCACUGCUGGGUGCUAUGAACUUGAUUCUCUAGGACCCUGCGCCAAGGGUCACGUGUUUGCGAUCACCGAGGUGUCAGAAAAUGGUUCUCGCGCUGAGUGCAGGUGCAAGAACUUCCACGCACGUGCAGACGACGGGGCGUGCUACAGACUCUAUACCAGAGGCCCGUGUGCUGAGGAUGAAAUGAUUUCCAGGGGAGGACGUUGUGUUAGGGUGCCAUGCGGCAGAGGGCGUCUCUAUGUCCCAGAAAGGCGUCGCUGCUACCGGCCGGGCGCGGCGGAACCGUGCCGCGCGGGGGAACACCUCGCCUUCGACUUCGACGCCCGGCCGGCGCUCGACGGAAUCAGCCACAACGGCGUGUGUGUUUGUGGGAACCAGCCUUGCGUUCAGAAGGAGAUGUCAGCCUGUUCGUUACGCAAAGGUACGGCGGCGUUCAACGGAGCAUGUCAUAUCCUCAACGCGCAAGGCCCAUGCUCCGCCGGUUCCUGGCUCACCAGGGAUAGUACUGGACGGACACACUGCCAGUGCAGACCUGGCGGUAUUUGUACAAAGAAAAUGGAGAAUAGUUGACGAACAAAGUAACGCAGAAAUGAAUUACCUAAUUAAUGACUCUGUAUGUAGGUUGACUUAGACCAACUAUGUACUUACUAAAAUUGUGUUGUUUGAAGCGAAGUAUUAUCAUAAAUUCAGGAUUAAUAGAAAGCAAAAUAGCGGCUAAGACCUCGCUGGGCUUUCUAUUCGAGACUCCAAUCCUGGGCACGCAUCUCUAACUUUUCGGAGUUAUGUGCGUUUUAAGUAAUUAAAUAUCACUUGCUUCGGUGUUAAGGUAAACAUCGUGAGGAAACCUGCAUGCCUAAGAGCUGUCUAUUUAUGUUAUUAAAGGUGUGUGAAAUCUGCCAAUUUACAAUUGGCCAGCUAUGGUGGGCUAUGGCCAAGAGCUUUCUUAUUGUGAGGGUGAGAACAUUCGCUUACGGCGGAGACAAAAUACUUUCUAUAAUCUACGAUAUACAAAGACGAGUACCUAUGUACUAGACAAUCUAGAUUAGUAGGUACCUAAGC